AUGACCUUUUCACAAAAGCACAAAGACGUUCGUCGAGACUUCAAAAUUGCUCCGAAAAGCACAUGUGCCUACCAGAAGUUGACCAGACGAGGAACACCCACAGAAACCAAACUGGAAAGGAGUCUGACGACCAUCGAGCGAUUGUUGCGGCGAUUUGGCAUGGGUUGCAUGUCGCUCACAUGCCAGCAUGCCCACAAGUCCAACUAUUGCAGUCGACAUCGCAGCAACAGCAGCGGAAGCCACUGCAACCACAACAAUUGCUGUCAGCACGGCCAGCAGAAAAAUGGAAUGAUAAAAGAUAAUUUAUCCGGGGUUGUUUCUGUGGACAUGACUGAAUUCUGCAAGUGGGAGGAGUGUGGAAAGCCUGAAGUCUGCUCUCCUAGGUCUCACAGAUCGGUCAAAUCAACGUCUAGCGUUGACGACUUCAACCUGCAGACCACAGCAACGUCACUCUUCGACGACCACAACAACGACAAACAUCUUCACGGCGACGACAACGGCAGCUGCAGCAGCAAGAGAAACCACUUGCAAAGGCGAAGCAUACUAAACAACGACAACAGCCAAAACUAUUCAGAGAUUCCGAGAUUUAUCUUAAGCUAUGUCUACAUGGCCAUCUGUGGUUUUGCAAACUCUCUGGUGGUCAUUCUCGCCCACGAUGUCUUCCCUCUGAGGUCCAAAUACCCACCCCUGCCAGAUUUGUUACUGGACAACCUGCCUUAUAAGACGUGGGCCUUUCCUGCUAGCGAGAACUAUAGAAAAUGCGCCACUAUUACGGUAGCGAGCGAGACGGAACUUUAA